AUGGAGCAGCCUCUGCGUCGUGAGCCGAGGGGUGUGGUCGGCCGGGGCUUCAAGUAUCCCCUCGAGCGUCUCUCUGGGCGAUUCCUGCCCCCGUCGCCACUUGCAGAGAACCUCAGCCGCGCCUUCCUCUUCGCUCUUGCCGCCCGCCGGACGCUGCUCCUGCCAGGGACGGCCUCCGGCGCGAGCGCGGGCGGGCGCAGCUUCGUUUUUCUACCUUGGCUCCUGCUCGAAGCCAACUGGGGCGACAUGCGGGUGCCGCAGCUGCCGGCGCCUCCGUUCGUUUGCGAGGCAUGCGCGCGCGCCGAAGCGAAACGCGCGAGCGACCCUGCAGCCAGCGCCUGCGGCACUGGCACUGAAGCGCGCAGCGAAGACGGGAGUCAACGCAGCGGCGCACGGCGCGGCUCGUCACCCCAACGCGACGCCACAGAAAGGCGCGUCGACCGGACUCAGGGAGGGACGGGGCGCGCGACUUCGCAAGAAAAAGCGUCGGGAUCCUCUGCAGCCUCUGCGGCGGCCGUCGCCGCACGAGAAGCCGCGACACGCAUCGAGAGACGUCUGGGGUUUUUUCGGCGGCAGGACGCAGUCCGCGAGCGGGGCGAGGCUUUGAAGGCGUCGCUUCGCGCGUCCGCGCGCCGCCGGGGCCUGUACUCAGGGUCUCCGGCCUCAUCGUCUUCUUUUCUAUCUCCUUCCUCGCCAGCGCUUUCUGCGUGCCCUCAGUCCCCUGACGCCCUCUCGUCUCUUCCGUUUCGCCCUGCGCCGCCGCUGCCGUCGUUUCCCUUUCUCUUUGCUGCAGAGGCGUCGCCGGCGCCCCUCCGGCGCCAGCGGAUCGUGGUCGCGCUCGAGAGUCGCGCGACCGCGGUCGCGGCGGCGCAGGAGGUCGCACGGGCCCGCGGCGUGUCCCUGGGGACGGAGGUGGGCGUGGCGGUCCGUCUGGGGUUCUGCCUCGACCCCCAGGAGACGCGCCUGCUUUUCACGACGACGGCGUUGCUGCUGCGCCACCUGCUGCGCGACCCGCUUCUCCUCGACUGCAGUGUGUUGCUCGUGGAGGUCCCUCAGGUUCGCUCGACAGCUGUCGAGCUUCUCCUCGCGGUUCUGCGAAAAAUCGUUCAAAAAAACGUCUUCCUUCGACUCCUCCUUCUCCUGCCGGACUACGCCGCCUGCGAGGACGUCGUCGAGCUCCUCCGCGCGGGAUUCGAUGGAAGCGACUUCGGCGGGGCUCCGCGCACGAGUCUCCCCCUCAGGCAAGCCUUGCGAAGCGAGCCGACUCAGCUCGAUGAGCGCGAGAGUGCACAAAGAGGCGUCCGCGUCGCGGCGGAAGAGAAGGAUGAACAAAUCGAUGCAGGCCGCCUCGAAGGACUCGACGCGAGCCGCGCGCGAUGGCAGAUGGCGGGCGCGGAGCAGCCCUCUGUCGUCCCCCAGGUGUCCUGCGCGGGGCCUGCUUCGUCGCUUUCCUUCUCUCCCUCCGCUCUUUCUUCCUCUUCUUCUUCUCCGUUUUCUUCGCCGUCUGCCCCCCGCGCGCCCGCGGCGGGGCUUCGGCGGCGGCGCUGGGAUCUGCGACCCGACGGGGUCUGCGUUUUCGGCGCGGAGGAGAUUCACCGCCUCCAUCAGCUCGCCUAUGGCAAGGACGUGAAAGUGGAUUUGCGCGUUCGCCCGGCGACUUCCGCGGCGGCGUCUUCCCAAGCUGCUGCCGUGUCUUCUGCGUCUCCAUCGUGUGCAGCAGCUGCGUCGCCGUUGUCGUCGGGCCCCUCUCUCUCGUCAUCUUGGCUCGCUGCCUCGAGGCAGACUCCCCCCCCCGUGGCUGCGGAGGUGGAGCGCAGGGCACCUCCACAGAGGGAGGUGGCGGGCGAGCGAACGCGGAACCGCCUGCGGGGCGACGCGGCAGACGCCUCUGGAGCCCAAGAGGCCGGAAGCGCGGUGGGGGAUCAGGAGUCCGCAGAGGGGGGCGGAAGGGGACAGCGAGGCGGCGAGCAGAGGGGGGAAUGCGACGCCGAGCCCGUGCAGGAGGCCUCCGGCGGCGUCGGCGCGGGGGGGGGAGAGGCUAAGCGAGAGGACGUGAAGCGCGAAGGCGCGGAGGAGCCGCGAGGAGUGGACGAGGCGCGGGUGCGGGAGACGGAGCAACAGGUGGAAAAGAAGGAGGCGAAGGAGAGCUCAGUGAAGAAGGAACGCGGCAAGCGGCUCAGGUCGCCCCGCGCGAUGACGUACGCCGUCGUUUCAGAUUCGUCUUCAUCCGAAGCGAGAGACAAAGACGACGACGUGUCGGUUAUUUCGCUCUCAAGCUCCGAGUCAAGAGGCAGCGCGACGUGGGAGCGCGAGCUCCGCGCGGCGGACUCAGCGUCUCGCGCCUCGGGCGACGACGACGGAGCCAAGCGACACAGGAAGAAGAAAGCGAAGCGGAAGCACAAGGCGUCGAAGAAGGAGAAGGAGCUGAAGAAGAAGAAAAAACGCGGAAAGUCCCCUCGGUCCACGUCGUCUUUCCGCUCGCCCCCAAGAGAGGCUGUCGUUCUCUCCAGCAGCAGUGAAGACGGAACGCCACAGCACCCUGGCGCUUCUCGCGGUUCUGACCAUCCACGCUUGCUCACUCGCGGCGACGUCCUCUCCUUGACCUCCAAAGGACGCCGCGACGCCUCUCUACCGGUGCCCCCGACCCUCGUUCCUCCGCCGCCGUCCUCUUCGGCGCUCUUUCCCUCCCUCUUCGCCUCCUCUUCUUCUUCCUCUUCUUCUUUCUCCUCCGGUGCUGCCAUCUGUGGCGACCCCCGCGCAGAGGCUGAGGCGGCGCUGCGGGGGGCGAUCGACGAGACCUUUGUGAGCCAGCACGGCUGCGCCGAAGAGGCCCCGCGGUCGCGCCGAGGGAGGCGGAAGAGCAAGCGAAGCGUCGCGCAGCGGCGCGCGGUGGUGAAGAUGCGCGAGCGCCGCAUGCAGGCGCUCGAGGGCGAGCUCCGCGCGGGAGCCUGCAGCGUGAUGUUUGGCACGAGUCCCUCCGGCGGUGGAGACUCCGUGCGGAGACUGCGUCUGGGCUCGCAGGCCGGCGACGACGCGUCCGAGGAGGACGAAGAUGUGCCGGGGGCGCGCCACAGAGCCAGGCACGAAGAAGCCGAGGCACCGACGCGGAGACGCGUUGUCGAGUUUCAAACCGCAGGCCUGCACCUACGGCCGCCGCUCUCCGACGGCGACGCCGACGCAGGCGAGGCAGACGCCCGCGAUCCCCCGGAGUCUGCGGGAGGGGGAGGAGACUGCGACACGGAAGGACGCCGAGGCGGCGGCGCGGCGACGGUCGCUUCAGUUGCUCGUCACGGUCAAGUGCCCGCUUCGCAGGAGAGUGCCACAGACACGGUCUCGCUGCGGGGCGCCGCUUGCGCCCCUUCCUCGCCUUCGCACGCGGGCGAGCGGCGGAAGGCGGAGACCGCGACUACUUUGGCGUCGUUUCUGCCAGCGGCGUGUCCGCACAAAGACCGGUGGCUGGCGCCCUGCGUUUUCUCGUUCGAAGAGCCGCUGUUCCCCGUCGACAUCUACUACCUGCGUAGAGGGAGCGCGACGCUCCUUGACUCGAUACUGCAAACAGUCUUGGCUCUUCAUGUCGCCGAAGGGAAAGAGGUGACCGGCGACUUUCUGCUCUUUCUGCCGGCGCCAGAGGACGUACUGCGCCUUCAAAAGUCGCUCCAAGAGGCGGCGGAAAACCUCCUCGCCUCCAACGAGACAGCCACAGCGGGACUCGACAUUGUUCGUCUCUCCGAGACAGAUCCCACGCUUCCCGUGCUGCCGUCCUCGCUGUCGGUUUCCUCGUCGGUGUCUCGCCGCGUGUUCCUGACUUCGGCGCUGCUUCCGCCGCCGCUGCCCGGUGCGGCGGACCUCGCGCGGCUGCGCGAAGUCGACGAGCUGCGCGACGCGGUCUUGCCGCAGAUCACGACUGUCGUCGACUGUAUGCGCACCCGGCGGGUGUUGAGCCACCCCGCGCACCCCGAGCUCUCGCUGUCGCUCAGCGUCCCCGUCGACGCAGGCUCCGCACUGCUGCGCGCGAACGCCGCUGGGCACCUGCGGUCCGGGGGCGCCUGCUACCGCCUGAUGGCACCCCCCCCCCGCCCCUCGGCGAAAACCCGCGGGGGGGCUCGGGGGGCGCGAGGCCCGCGCGAGGCGCCGAGGGGCGCGAGGCCCGACGAGGCGGGGGCGCGCGGAGACGGCGAAGCGCCAGAAGCCUUGGAGACGGCGGCGCCGGGGAGAGAGCUGGACGCGUCCUCAGGACUUUCCCUCGGGAGCGAGGAGGCAGGGGUCGCUGCGGCCGGCGCCGAUGAAGGCCGGGAGAGUGACGCGCGCGCGACCGGGUCCCUCUCCCUGCCUGCCGCCCCCGUCCCGGAGCUUCUGCUGCAGCCACUGGCGCCGUCUCUCCUCUUUCUGCUCACGCUCGGCCUGUCCUCGCUCGCCUCGCUCCCGCUGCUCUCGCCGCCGCUGCCGGGCGCAGCGCGGCGCGCCCUCUCGCAGCUCCGCGCGCUGCAGAUCGUCUCUUGCGACGACGCGAAGGAUGCGGAAGACCGGAAAAGCGGCGCUGCGGAAAGCGGCAGCAGCGGCCCCGCGUGCGACGCGGGGAAAAGGCCGGGAAAACGGAAAAAAGAGACCUGGCGGCUCACUGAGCCCCUCGGCCGGAUGGCGGGAGAAAUCUCGCUCAAGCCCAUGGUCGUUCGCCUGCUCUACAUCAGCAGCCAGGAGCCCUUCAGCUGCUCGGUGGAGUGCCUGACGAUCGCCGCUCUCCUCUCCUUUCCGUCGCCGUUCCUUGCGCCGGCCGCCGUCGCCGUCUCUGGGCCUGCGCAGGGCGCAACCCCCGCGGCGGUGCGGCGCGCGAAGCAGAAGCUGCGGCUCGCGAAGGAGAUCCUCGGCGUGCUUGCCGGCGACGUACUGACGCGCUACAACGCGUUUGAGCAGUGGCGUCUCCACGAGGAGGAGCGCGGCUGGGCCGCCAAGCACUGCCUCGACACCGCCGUCCUAGCAAAGGUCCCCGCCAUGAUCGCGUACCUGCGUAGAUGCAUGGAGACUUUCCAGCUGCCUCUGGUGAGCUGCGGCGGCGACGGCCUGCGCGUGCAGAAGGCGAUCUGCGCUGCGUUCUUCCUCAACUGCGCCUUUCGAGAAAACUCUGGCUUCUACUCGCUCCUCUCGCCGGUCCGGGCGGCUCGCCACGGGCUGCUCCUCACUGCUCGCGCCGCUGAGGGGGACUGUCAGGCGGCGUCUCCGCGUCUCGCGCUCCAUCCGUCCUCAGUUCUGACCAACAGCCCUCCGCCGUGUCUGGUUUUUUUCUCGGCGUUGGGGAAGAGAAGUGCUGACGGCCAGCAAGUCUUCUACAUGCGCGACGUGACUGCGAUCGAGCCCGCGUGGCUGCCGGAGGUCGCUGGUCACUGCUUUUGUCGACCCGCGGACGAGUGCACUUUCAGAUCGCGGAAGUGUCUUCUGACAGACCCUGGCUCUCUCUGCUCGUCUCAAACCGGCGACGCUGGGGCCGUCGUGCGAGGAGCGUCUGUCGUGAUCCCGCCCUCGGUGUUGACGGACUGGGCAGUUAGCAGACGCGUAGGACUUGCCGCGUACAGCCACUAA